AUGUCCUACAACAAUAUACACCUGCCUCCACAGUCACGACCCGGAGUCAACGAGGGGAACCAGGCCUACCUGGCUGAUGAGCAGCAACAGCAGCAGCAGCAGAAUAUGACGGAGUCUUACGCACACUAUGGCAUGCAGGGGCAGCAGCAGGGAGGGUACCAACUUGUGCAAAAUGAGUGGACGCAGCGGGUCUUGGAAGAGAUGAAGGACUUGCUUCUUCUACUGAGUGCUCAGGGUCGGAUUACUUAUGCGUCGCCGUCGUCGAAAUCGAUUACCAGCCGUGUACCCAACCAGCUCGAGGGCAGCCUCUUUUCUCAAUACAUCCACGAAGACGACAAGCCUCUCUUCCUGCGGGAUAUGGAUGAGUCGGUGGCGACAAGCAAACCAUUUCGGACUCAUGUGCGGUUGCAAAAGUCCAACAGCACUUACUCGCUGGUCGAAAUUUACGGACAUCCACACAUAGCGAACCAGACAGGGACACAGGGGAGAAAUACCUCCAGCCAGGACCGCUGCACGGGUUUCUUUAUUAUGUGUCGACCUUAUCCCACGAAGAACUCCCUGCUUCUCGACUCCUUCCUGGAACACAAGAUCGAAAACGCACGCUUGGUGCAGCAAAUUGCCAAAUUAAAGCAGGAAGAGGAGGAAGAGGCAAACCUGUCCCGACUGUCGUCCACCAAGAUUGAAAAUAGAUCGCUUGAAAUCCAGCCCUCCGCCCAAGGAAGUGGAAGCGGUAGCGGUAGUGAUCAGGAGUCUACCGAAACCGUGGCGCCUAAUUCUGAUGAGUCUGACGCUGGCCCUCCGAAGGAUUACUUCUCUGAGGGUGCCCCUCAUGCUGGUGGUCUGUCCCACAUUGAUGGUAUCGAAGUCAUGACCGGUCUCUACUAUGGCGAUGGCGAGCGAUCCCAGGGACUCAGUACUGGUAUGCGCCGAGGCCGGUUGAUCCAAUGCGACAUCGAUAUCACCACCGCGGCGGAUCAAGCCCGUAAUGUUCAAGAAGGCGACAGGCGCAAGAGGCUCAAAGGACAACAUGUUUGCGGUGACUGUGGAACAGCAGACUCGCCUGAAUGGAGGAAGGGUCCUGGUGGACCGAAGACCUUGUGUAAUGCGUGCGGCUUGCGCUGGUCCAAAAAGGAGAAAAAACGCCAGGAGAUUUGA